GAGAAGGGGGUUCCGGCGCCCGCCGCGCUGUUUCUGGAUACCAUCCUGCAGCUGGAGGUGGAGGGAUGGUUCCGGGGCUUCCUGGACGCCCUGGGGGCAGCAGGUUACAGUGGACUGGCAGAAGCAAUUGAAAACUGGGACUUCAGCAAACUGGAAAAACUGGAGUUGCACAGACAGCUGUUGAAGCGGAUAGAAGCAACAAUGCUAGAAAUUGAUCCAGUAGAGCUCAUGCCCUACAUAAACACAUGCCUGAUAGAAAGGGAGUGUGACGAGAUCCUGCAGAUUAGCGAAUACAGAAGCAAAACAGCCGGGAUAACUAAACUCAUUGAAUGUCUCUGUCGAUCGGAUAAGGAAAACUGGCCGAAAAGCCUUCAACUGGCACUAGAUAACACAGGAUACUACAAUGCAAGUGAUCUAUGGGGUAUGAGAGAAGACAAUGGCAAAGAUGUUGAUGGUGAACUCACAGAUGCCUCUGAGAACAGCUUUGAAACGAUGACGUUUUCUGAAGAGGCAGAAUGUGAUAAUCUCAGUGAAAAUCUCUGUUCAGCUUUAGAAGGGAUCCAUCAGUCUUCACCUGUUUAUGAACCAAAGAAGGCUCGGAGCUACCAGACUGAACUGGCACAGCCUGCUAUCAAUGGGAAAAACACAUUGAUAUGUGCCCCCACAGGAUCUGGAAAAACUUUUGUGGCACUUCUGAUUUGUGAACACCAUUUCCAAAACAUGCCUGCAGGACAAAAAGCAAAAGUUGUCUUUCUUGCAACUAAAGUGCCAGUGUACGAACAACAGAAAACUGUGUUCAAGCAGCAUUUUGAAAGAAGUGGAUAUUCUGUUCAAGGAAUUAGUGGUGAAACAGUUGCACAUGUAUCUGUAGAAAAGGUUAUACAGGACAGUGACAUCAUUGUGCUGACACCCCAGAUUCUUGUGAAUGCCAUCGAGGAAGGGAUCCUUAGCUCCCUCUCCAUCUUCACUCUGAUGAUAUUUGAUGAGUGCCACAACACUACGGGCAACCACCCUUACAAUGUGUUAAUGACCAGAUACCUGGAACAAAAAUUUGACUCCUCUGCAAACCAGCUGCCUCAGAUUGUAGGUUUAACUGCUUCUGUUGGAGUUGGUAAUGCCAAGAGCAUCAAGGAAACGAUAGAGCACAUCUGUACCCUCUGCUCCUACCUUGACAUACAGGCCAUAUCCACUGUCAGAGAGAACAAAGAGGAUCUGCAGAGAUUCGGAAACAAGCCAGAAACAUAUGUCAGAUGGGUUAAAAUGCGAGUUCAGAAUCGCUUUGCAGGCAUUAUCUCAGGUCUGAUGUCCGAGACAGAAGUGUUGAUGAGGACGAUUUACUCAGUGGAUACUAUCUCCCAAAUCAACAAGAAUGAUUUUGGAACACAGAAAUAUGAACACUGGAUAGUUGCCACUCAGAAGAAAUGCAGACUGUUGCAACUGGAAGAUAAGGAGAAGGAGAGCAGCAUUUGUAGAGACCUUUUCAUUUGCACUGAACACCUGCGGAAAUUCAACGAUGCUCUCAUCAUCAGUGAAGAUGCCCGCAUUGAAGAUGCUUUAGCCUACCUAAUUGAAUUUUUCACAAAUGUCAAAAAUGGACCAUAUACAGAGUUAGAGAAGAAACUGACAGCCAAAUUUCAAGAGAAAGAACCAGAACUGACUGCCCUUUCAAAAGAUGAAUCAAAUGAGAAUCCCAAGCUGGAAGAGCUUGCUUGCAUCCUGGAUGAAGCAUACCGCUAUAACCCACAGACUCGCACCCUUCUCUUUGCUAAGACAAGAGCCUUAGUAGCUGCCCUGAAGAAGUGGGUAGAAGCAAACCCUCUACUUAGCCACAUAAAGCCAGAUGUGUUGAUGGGUCGUGGAAGAAGAGAUCAAAAAACAAGUAUGACCCUCCCAAUGCAGAAGGGGGUACUGGAUGCAUUCAAAACCAACAAAGACAGCAGACUGCUAAUUGCUACAUCUGUUGCCGAUGAAGGCAUUGAUAUUUCUGAAUGCAACCUUGUUGUGCUCUAUGAAUACUUCGGUAAUGUCACCAAAAUGAUCCAAGUCAGAGGUCGUGGAAGGGCAAAAGACAGCAAGUGCGUCCUUGUGACAAGCAGAACAGAAGUGGUUGAGAAUGAGAAAUACAACCGUCAUAAGGAAGAAAUGAUGAAUGAAGCCAUUGAGAAGCUACAGAAUUGGGAUGAAACAACAUUUGCAAGAACGAUACAUGACCUGCAAAUGAAGGAAAAGGUAUUACGAGAUUCCAGGAAGAAAGCAACAAGACCUAAGGUAGUGGAAGGGAAAAGAAAUCUUCUGUGUGGAAAAUGCAAAGCGUAUGCCUGCAGUACAGAUGACAUCAGAAUUAUAAAGGAAUCUCACCACACUGUCCUUGGAGAUGCGUUCAAGCAGCGUUACAUAACAAAGCCUCACCAGAAAGCAGUCCAGUUUGAUUGUUUCGAGAAAAAAAGCAAGAUGCAUUGCCAAAAUACUAGUUGCCAGCAUGACUGGGGAAUUAUAGUGAAGUACAAGACAUUUGAUAAUCUACCAGUGAUCAAGAUCAAAAGCUUUGUAGUAGAGAAUGUUGAAACUGGGACACAAAUGGAUUUUCAGAAAUGGAAAAAUAUUAAUUUUUCUUUGAAGAAUUUUGACGUUGAAGAAACAUCCAGUUGA